AUGAGUAUAUGGCAGAUUCAGCCGGUGCCGCAGCCUCAAGUGGCGAGAAUAUCGAAGGAGGCGUCCGAGAAGGAUGCAGGCUUUCUCGCAUAUAAGCUUGUCAACAAACGUACUAGGAUACGGCUAUCGCGAGAGUUGCUCGAUCUCAACGUAUUACCUGGCAAGGCUCAACUAUUCGCCAUCGCCACCUCAAAGAGCUGGUUCGCUGCCGUAGUUCGCCAAUCGAGCGCGUUUCAAAUUGUAUUCUCGCCGGUGUCCCAGUUGUACUCUACUCUAUCCACCAGCAAGGACGAGGAAACCUCCAUCCAACCCUCCCGUACCCUCCCGUUCUCCCUAGGCACCCCUACCACCCUCGUCUUCGCCCUCCAUGACUCUCGAUUUGUCGUUUCAACCACGCAAGGCCAAGUUCACGUCUUUGAUGCAAGUGUCCUGCUCACAGCCGGCUCCGGAGAUGUCCAACCGCUCCGCUCCUUCCCAUCGCCUGCACCAGGCGGUCCUCGCCAGAUUGUGCCUAACCCUGGCGACAUACCAGAAUUGAUAGCUGUGCUGCACGAGACGGACGCCGAGGUGAUCGACGUGCAGAAGCUCGAGCCUGUCGCGGGUUGGAAGGGCGGAGGCACACCCGAGACCACUCCCACAACCCUCACUUGGUCGCCCAAAGGCAAACAGAUUGCCAUCGGCCUCCAGUCAGGGUCUAUCGUUACCUUCGCUCCCACCGCACCCUCCGCGCCCAAGUCCACCAUCCCGGCCCCACCCUCCGCCGCCGGCAAGGGCGUCAUCUCCGCUUCCUGGCUCUCCAAUCCGAUGCUGCACACCAUCUACGCUCCCUCCGGCAGCCCACUCACUUCCGACUCCGAGCAAACCCACUACAUCGUCGCACUCGACGCCAAGUCCAGCACCGCCGCCGACGUCAAGCUCGAGACGCCCUACUUCCCGCUUGGCCCACGUCCUCCGGGCGCCUUUGUGCUCGUGCUCCGCAACUGGGAGCCUGCCAAGUUCCUGCUCAUCGUCGGGGACAGCACCUCGUCCGACAUUGGCUCCAUCGCCUGCCUCGACAACGAUGAGUGGUACAACCUCAGCCUGGAGGACACCGCGAAGCCGACGAUGCCGCUCGAUUGGGAAAUGAAGGACACGAUCGUCGCUGGCCUCGAGCUCGACUUCUCCUGCACCGAGCCCUACUCGCACGUCGGCGUCGAUGGCGCGUCGACCGACCUCCCACCAACCCCGAUCCUCUACGCGUACGCAAACGACGGUACUGUCCUGGGGUGGCACGUCGUGAACACGAGCGGGAAGGCAUACCCGGGUAUGCUCUCCGCCGGCGCGGGAUCCUCGUUCCCGGAGCCGAUGAAGGGCCCCGAAGUCUCCAUGGGACCGCCCUCCGCCUUCCCCAUCUCGCGUCAGCCUAGCGCAGUAGCCUCUCAACAAUCGUCAAACCAGCCCGCAACGUCGUCGGCGUUCGGAUCGUCGGGCUUCGGCCAGCAGCAGCAGCAGCAGUCGGCGUUCGGACAGUCGGCGUUCGGACAGUCGGGAUUCGGCUCGUCGGCGACGAACAAUGCCGGAGGAAGCGCCUUUGGCCAGUCUGCGUUUGGUGGAGGCGGAGGGGCGUCGGGAUCUGGAUCGGGAACGACGGGAGGCGGGUUCGCGGCUUUUGCGCAGCCCGGCGGUGGGUCGGCGUUUGGGCAGUCUGCAUUCGGCGCGACGAACAAUGCACCGGGGAGCGCGUUCGGUACCGCGAACAACACCGGCAGCGCGUUCGGUUCGUCCAACAACGCAUCUGGGAGCGCCUUCGGCUCGGGGAGUAACACAUCCGGGAGCGCCUUCGGGUCGACGAACAAUGCUGCAGGAAGCGCCUUCGGCUCGGCGAACGCUCUCGGCGGCGCUUUCGGUUCAACUCACUCGACUGGUAGUGCCUUUGGCCAACCCAGCACGUCGGGGAGCGCCUUUGGUCAGUCGGCGUUCGGCGGUAACUCCGGCGGCGGGGGCGGAUUCGGCGCCUUUGCCCAGGGCGGGGCGGCCAAGUUCGGGGCGACUGGUUUUGGGUCCCAGACCCAAUCGACUGCCACGGCGGCACCCGCGACGCCCAUAGCGCCGGAGGCGUCCAUGAGCACUGAUGACUUUGGUGGACUGUCUCUUGGCGGAGGGAGCGGUGGGGACAAGCCGAGUGGGACCACAGGGACGACGGGUCUGUUCGGUAACGCACAACCCUCGGCGGAGACGCAGCAACCGACGAGCGCGUUUGGGGCAUCCGCGAUUAAACCAGCAUCCGGAUUUGGUGCUUUCGGCGGAAGCGGAAGUAGUGCUUUCUCGAACCCGGGCCAGAACCCCUCGCAGCCCAGCGCCUUCGGCUCAACGUCUGCGUUUGGAGGUGGAUCCGGCGCAGGCGGCCAGUCCGCCUUCGAUACGUCGAAAUCGUCCCCCAGCUUCGGGAGCAGCGGUUUCGGUCAGAGCGGCUUCGGUCAGAGUGCGUUUGGGCAGUCGGCAUUCGGCAAGUCUGCAUUUGGUUCGACUCCUUCCGCGAACGGGUCUGCCUUCAGUCCGUCUCCCAGCACAGGAGGAUUUUCGGCCUUUGCAUCCGGCGGUACGUCCGCGUUCUCUGCAGCCGCCGCGCAGAACAAGCCUGCCGCGGCGGCGCCGACGGGUGGAGGGUUUUCGGCAUUCGCGUCAAACGCGCCCUCUUCGUUCACGUCCGCUGCUGCCUCCUCUAACACUGGUGGCGCGGGCGAGGGUGCCAAGCCUGCGCAGACGGGCUUUUCAGCGUUUGCCUCGGGAGGGCCGUCCGCGUUUUCCGCUGCCGCCAAUACUCAGGAACAGCCGAAGUCGGCAUUUGCAUCUGGAGGCACGUCCGCGUUUUCCACAGGGCCCAGCCAGGAGGCGAAGUCGAUGUUCUCUUCGACACCCACCCAGAAUACCGAAGCCAAGCCCCUUGCAUCUCCCCCGCCAGAGCCUGAAAAGCCACAAUCUGCGUUCGGUGGUGGUAACGACGCGAAGCCGUCAUCUGCUGCGCCCAGUCAGCCUACGUCGGUAUUUGCACCCAAGUCUCCCGAAACUCCCACCACCGAGACGCCAGUGAAGGCGCGACCGAACCCCGUGCCGGGGCUAGAGGACUCCCCCGGUUCACCUACCGCCCCACCUGCGGACACCGCUACCCCGCUGUCCUCGCCAUUCAAGAGCAGCGCGCCGGCGACAACUGGUGGCGCGUUCGGAAACUUGGUCACAUCUCCAGGAUUCGGGUUCGGGAGGCCAUCAGAGGGCUUCGGGGCCUUUGGAAACGCGGUCAAUAAAGAUUCUCCCUUCUUCAGUCCGCCCAAGCCGACCACGCCGUCCGCGUUCAAGCCGAUAUCCGCGUUCUCGCCGAGCACGCCGCCAGCCCAGGGCGCGAGCACGACGCCGACGUUCGGCACGCCGUCUGCGUUCGGAAAGCCCACCGGAUCUAAUCCCAGCACGACGCCGGUGUACGGGCCGACGUCUGCGUUCGGCAAAUCCGCGUUUGCCUCGCCUGGCACGCCCACGACGACCACACCGAAGACUGAUCCCCCGGCUACGGGUGGGUUUGCCGCGUUCAGCGGUACGAGCGCCUUUGCGAAGGUGGGCAGCGGGUCAGGCAAGUCAUUCUCGGAUAUGUUGAAAGAGGGCGCGAAGGACGAGUCCCCGAAGAAACCUGCGUCAGCAUUUGCCAGCGUCGCCUCGACGACUCCGAAAGGGGAACCCUCCAAGAAGCCUGAGGAAGGUCAAAAGGCGGGGGAUUUGGAAACCCCGACCAAAGCGCCCACAGACAAGAACAAGGAAUCGGCAGAGAAGGGCAAGGACUUUACUGGGAAGGGUAAGGAACCGGCUGCGUCUCCUACGAAGGAGAAAGAUGCAAGACCGGACUCGUCUUUGUCUGCACAGUCGUCCUUCGCAGACGUGUCUCUCGCCGACUCGCAGAUUUCUGCAUUUAGCGAGGUUUCUCGCCCCGAGCAAGAAGAUGCCGAAGGCAGUGAUGCAGGCGAACCUACCGUGGAGGAUGACACUGGAUCAUUCGUGUCAGAAGACUUCAGCGACGAGGAAGGCUCUGAGUACGUGCCGAGCGAACAUGACGACGAUGGAUCUGGGAGCGAGUCACCUCCAAACGGAGACGAAAGCGAGAAAGAGCCGGAAACAAGUACCACCGUCACGCCUGCGGCAGAGAGCAAAGGCACGGAACAGGAGCCCGCUCCGGCUACCCCUGAAAAGGAAAAAUCAAGGUCACCUACUCCUAAACCUGCUGCACCUCUUGCUACGCCCGACGCCCCCAAAGGCGCGCCAGCAUCUUCGGCGACCGAGUCUACAACUACACCACCAGGUUCCCCCGAAAAGCAAGGAGAAGUUGCCUCGAAGCCGAGCAUCGCAGCGCCGACGCCUAUCAACCCCAUGAUUGCUACUCCUGAUUCAACUUCCAAGAGUCCUACUCUUGGCCUUGGAAAGCCCACGACGCGUCCAGCACGCAGCUCCCCGCUGGCCAACGCGCCUGUGGUUAACGCAACUAAGGAAGACGAGCAAUCUCCUGAGUUCACCUCGCCAUCCUCCAUGCCAAAACCAGCAUCUCCGAAAACACCCUUUGGUGUUCUACCGGGAGGGCCGGUCACUCCUGCUGCGAGCACUUCACCGCCGAAGAUUCCGCUUUUCGGUUCGCUUGGAGGACAACCUGUCACCCCGAAAUCACCGUCGCCUAAACCAGCCGCCGGAGGCUUUGCUAUGCCUACCCUGCCUGCUUCUGCGUCGAAGACCUCGUCAGCUGCUUCGAAGCCGUCAAUAUUCAGCUCUCCUCUGUCAUUCCCCAGCCCCUCCACAGAUCCCACCAAGACAAGUCCAACUAUCCCUCAGCCUACACCGCCUGCCAGUGGCCUUAAACUGCCUGCAUUCUCUGGAUUCCCUGCCACAACACCACCCGCAGUGCAGAGCCCAUUCUCAAAACCCAUCAGCCCUGCGAUAUCCGCGUUUGCUCCUACGCCCUCUCAAGCCUCAGCGCCGUUCAACAUUCCCAAUUUGAAGCCAACGACGGUGGCUACGCCGCCCAUCGGAGGCUUUUUCAGUGGCGCGCCAACGCCAUCUCUGAGCGUUCCUACACCGUUCGUUGCCCCUGUUUCCACGAUACAAGAGGCGAAACCACCUUCGGUGGAAGAGGGUAUGCAGGCGGAGUGCGCGUAUCUUUACCUGACUUUGACGAAGGAGCUCGAAGACCUACGUGUGCUGGCUAAAUCGACAUUGCAGAGAAAGAGCGAGCUGCAAAAGCCAGUGGGCGGUUCGAGGAAUGUUGCCGACCUCGCAACAGCGGCGAAGUGGAGUCUCGGCGAUCUGUCAUUGUUCGGACAAACUAUGCGCCGCGUGCGAACUGACAUCAAGGAUAUCAAAGAGCGCCGACUUGCAAUCGAAGACGAUAUCCGCCGAUUGGAAAGUGAUAUGCUGAAAGUGAACACGAAGAAGGAGGAGAUUGCUCGGUUCAGUAGAGCGAGUACCGAUGCAGAAUUCGCCAGGAUGCUCAAAAUCCGCACUCUGGGCCCAGAGCACCUGGAAACACAAAGUCGCCUGAGACGGGAUAUUCGGACCAUGCGGGAUCGUUUGCAAAAACUCGAGGACCACUUGCUUGAGUGCAAGAAGAAGCUGAACGAAAUGAAAACGGGCAAACCUCAUUUCCGGCCGCCUUCGUUGGACACGAUCAAUCGCACGUAUCGCAAUAUCGAAGCUGCCAUUGAGCAGCAAGCCGCGGACGUCACCCGUCUCUCGUCACGCGUGGCCAAGCUUGACCUGGGCGGAAAGACGUGGCGUUCUGAAGCCAGAUUCACCGGGCGUGACAAGCGUCCUUCCGACACGCCUCAACGAGCGUUCAGUGUGACGCCCGACGUGGCGGCUACCACAGCCGCUGCGCUGAAUGCGGAACGCUCUGCCCAGAAGCUCAAGAGCGCCCUCCUGAAGGCAAGGCGCGAGCCGCUCCUGAACUCUACCGCCGUGCACGUUCCCUCAGUCGCCGUACCCACCGCGUUUGACUCUCCCGCAAAACCCUCCCUUGCUCCGAGCACCCCAGGGCCUAGAGCCGCCACGUCGACCCCCGUUGGCCUCUUCUCCCUCACUCCAAACGGCGCGGGAUCGAGCUCCGCGGCUCCUGCGACGCCCGACUGGUCCCUCCCCGCCUUCGAUAUACCUGCAACCGACGACAGCCCGUCCUCCGGCGGCUCGUUGCGUCAGCGUAGCUCCGCGUCCAAACACCACCAGAAACCCGUGCAGCUGCGCAAAGCUCCCACUCCUUCUGCCCAGACGCCGCCGAAGCCCACGUUUGAUUGGGGCCCGCUGCCUACGGCGCCGCCGCCGAGGACGUCACUCGUAGCCGAGUUCAGGGCUGCGAGCCAGUCUCCGAGCGCAAGCCCUACGCCGGCAACGAACGGUGCCCCGAAUGUGAGCCCGGGACCGAAGCUCCCUUUCUCUUUCGCCGGAUUCGGAGGUUCGAAGUAG